AUGCUGCGAGUGGCUGUGAUCGGGGCGGGCAGCGCUGGCCUCGCGGCAGCGCAGCAGCUCCGUGCCGUGGCGGGGGCCCAUGCGGUGCAGGUCGUCGUCUACGAGACGCGCGAUCGUGUAGGCGGGCUGUGGCAGUACACGCCCGAGCCUGGGCCCUGCUCGAUUCAUGUCCCCACCUCGCCUGAGCCUGGCGACGCUGGGUACGCCACCUGGGACGCGUGGCCCGACGAUCUAUGCCCCAGUGCCAUGUACGAAGAUCUGCGCACGAACAUUCCUUCCACGCUCAUGGCGUUCCGGGAUCAUCCCUUCCCCCCCACGACGGCCAUGUUUCCUGUGCGAGCCGAGGUCCUUUCGUACUUGGAGUCGUUUGCACGCCACUAUGACCUUUUGUCGUGCAUCCGCUUUCAAACACGCGUCGUACGUGCCUCCAAAUACGACGGUGCAUGGCAGGUGACAAGUCGGUCGACCGUCGCGCCCCAGGCGGAACGCACAGAUACCUACGACUGCCUUAUUGCCGCGCAAGGCCGAUGCAGUGCGCCGUACAUCCCACCGAUCCCCGGUCUUGCCCACUUUCGCGGCCGCCAACUUCACAGCGCGUGGUACCGAUACCCUGAUGCUUUGCAUACACGACGCGUAUUGAUUGUCGGCAACAACUCGUCCGGCGCCGAUAUCGCGCGUGAGCUGUGCGGUGGCAGUGUGCGUACAUGGCCACACCAGGCGGACUGGCAUCCAUCGUCUGUCACUGUUUUCCAAUCGUAUCACAACGUAGCCGAGCCGCCCCCCAUGGACUACGAUCCACGCGACCCGGCCAGUCCGGCCUGGUGCCGACGUAUCCACGUGGUGAGCUCCAUCGAGCGCAUCGAUGACAGCGGCGCCAUCCUUUUACGCGAUGGGCAGCGUCUGGAAGGCAUAGAUUUGAUCGUGUGGGCCACCGGCUUCCUCUAUCAACUGCCGUUCUUCGAUCCCACAGAGGCACCCUUUGCCGAGGCACCGCUCCUCCACCGUGAUGCCCAUACGCGCACGGCGCCUACCGCGCGCGCUGCAAGUGUGUUACACCAUCUAGAUGAUUGGAUGCUAUUGUACAAAGCCGAUCCGACUCUCUGUUUUCUCGGUCUACCGAAUCGCAUUGUCCCCUUCCCGUUCACACAGUUGCAAGCACGCGCGGUAGCGCAUAUCUGGCUUGGCUUGAUGCCGCCCCUGCCGCGUGUGCAUGCCAUGCGGCCUGUCGACGAUCCACAGCGGUGGAAGCCUUGGCCGGCGUCGCGCGCCGAGGAGGCCGAGGCGUUGCCAGGCCCGGACGUCCAUGGACACUUUACGUUGGGCGCUGAGGCGGAGCAUGCCUACACCGAUGCGCUCCUCGCCUUGUUGCCAGUGUCAGCGCGAAAUGACAAGGUCUGGACACCCUAUUCGGCCGCGCGACGCGCUUUGCGCAAGGCAGGGAAGCAACAUCGGCGUGACCAGCUCGGGUAUUAA